UAGGCAAAUUCCGCAGCAGUCAAUUAUUGAAGCAAAAAAUAAAAUUCGGCUAGGUCAUGAUGCAUGUUGCAACUGUUGCUGCUGUUGUAUGCCACAGCCCACAUGCUACAAAUAUAUCCAACCGGAGGUAUCGAAAUCCUUCGCGCCUCUUCGUUAUUAUUCGAAAUCGGACGUACCAAUGGAAAAAGAUACAACAUAUCGACUCUCUUACUGGGAAGGCCCGAGUUCUACAGUGGAACCUAUCCGUCCCGAGGACAAUCUGAUAUGCGGUGACGCACCAAUAUCUGACGAAACGACACAUAAAAUGAGUUAUUUUGGCAACUGGUGCGUGAAAACAGAUCCGCCAAUAACACCCUGCGACAGGCAAUUGCUAGGUAGAGGUCCGAUGGAAGAUGUCACGACACAUAAACACGAUUAUUUAUGGAAAUACACCGAUCGUAUUCAACCCAUAAAAGUGCAGGAUAAUUUGUAUUGUCCCUGUGCUGCUUUGUCCGACGAUACGACGUAUCGUUUGAGCUACUACAACUCCUCCUGCUUAAUUCCCACACCUUCUUAUGCGCCGAUUAAAAAAUAUGUCAAAUCGGAUGUACCAAUGGAAGAUUAUACGACUUAUAAGCUUAGUUAUUGGCCGAAUGAGAUCCCUAUAAAAGAGGAGCAAUCAAAAAGAGAAUAUUGUCGCCCGGUGACGCCGAUGGACGGAUGCACGACUUAUAGAUUAAGUUACUGGCCUCACUGCGGUGAAAAGCCUCCCGAACCUUUUAUCCAGCCGGAGAACGAAAACUUAUUGAACGGCGGUUGCUGCUUCGAUGACAAUACCACGUAUCGUCUUAGCUAUUUCGGGUGUGGCGGUGAUAAGCCGCCAGAUCCCAUUCGCCAGCCUGGCAAUAUAAUUUUUUCACCAUGUCCGCUCUCUCAUGACACCGUCAAUCGGCUGAGUUUCCUGGGCAAUUGGUGCAUCAAACAGGAAACACCUAUCACGCCUUGCCAUAAGGAAUUAUUAGGCAGAGGCCCGAUGCAGGAUGAAACUACUCAGAAGCACGAUUACACCUGGAAACGUGUGAUACCGCCGACAGAGUUUCGGCCAGAAAACAAUCUCACUUUCUCGCCUUCGCCGCUAGAAUCCUGCACGACUCAUAGAUUAUCUUACAUACCGAACAAUCAUGAAUAUCUGCUGCCUAAUAAAUCGUACGCACCCAUAUGCAAGUAUCAGCAAUCUGACGUUCCGAUGGAAUCCGAGACUACGAUGCGACUGAGUUACCAACCCGUGGAAUCAGCUGAUCAGAUCGAGAAAUCAUGCUCUGUGGCUGCCUACUAUCCACCCGUUAAUCCUAUGGAGGACAAUACCACGUACAAUUUGAGCUACAUUCCGCCUGGAACUCUCGUUCCACUGUCAUCCUGUUCCACUUCUUGUCGCUCUGCCAAGGAUUAUGAAAUGUCACCGCAACAAUCUUGUUCCGCAUCAUAAAUGAGAGAUGAUAUUAAAUCAUGCGAAUGCAUAUAUGAAUGUAAAUGUCUGCAAUGUGUGUACAUUGUUGUGAUAAUAAAAUGUCCUUGUGUAUUAUGACUUUUUAAUACUAUGCGAAAAUUGAGCAAAACGAUUAAAACAAUUUUACAAUCGCACUUUUACAGUUAUCAUAAUCAUGUAUGAUCAAUUGCAAUGUGAAACUUUUCUUUUUAACUUUUCUGCUGUACUAUAUAAAAAAAA